UAAACCUAGUAUGAAAGUAAAAUUACAUCCUCGGCAUAGAUAAAUGAAUGGCUUAAAAGUCAAUAUGGUGUACCCAGGGUGUACACCAAGACUUUUUGUAUCUUCUUCUCUUCUGGCCAGUAGAUUGAGCGUGAAAUACGCAAAGAACCCAUCAAUGGUUCCCCGCUCACCCACAGAUGAGACCUCGCAAGAGAAGCGGAAGUCACAGUCCAACUGUAUUAUUUCUCUGCCCUUCAACGCGCCGCCGUUCUCUAGACCAAACGUUGUUCAGCUGUUGAAAAUGGCGGAGCAUUCAUCGCAGCAAGCUGCUCAUCUGUUCCACAGCUCCCUUGUCUCCGCCGUCCAUAACUGUCUCAAAUCUCUACAUUUCCUAUUUUCCAAGAGUCCAGUUUUCAACAAUCUGAUAUCUUUCUCUGAUCAUCUCCAAGGUUUCCGCCAGAUCGAAAGCAGCAAAGGAUGCAAGAACUUUAAGGCUUUAUCCACCAGCAGUCACAGUUUUGCAGCCAUUUUACCAGGAGAUUCAGUUGCAGGAGUUGUGGUUACUAAUGGAAUUUUGAUGUUCUUGAACAUCUACAAUUCAGUACUUGUACUCAGGCUUGUUUUGACCUGGUUCCCUAAUGCUCCCUCCGCCAUUGUCACCCCGCUCAGCACCUUGUGUGAUCCCUAUUUGAACAUAUUCCGUGGAAUCAUCCCGCCACUUGGUGGGACCCUGGAUCUUUCACCGGUAAUGGCGUUUCUUGUGUUGAAUGCCUUUACGAAUGCCGCCGCUGCCCUUCCAGCUGAGCUCUCACCGCCUAAAGGAGUUUAUCGGAAUGCUGUUCCAACCACUUGUACAAUGGAGCCUUCUCCUCAUCUUACCACCACAUCACAAGAGAAAUGGUUUCGACGACUUGCUGGUGGUGGAAACCAGUUGGAGAGGGGUAGGGGGGGAUGAUGGCGGCAAAACAUAAUAUGGCAUCACCACAAAAAUUUCAAAGAGUAAUGUGGCAUCAUCAUUAACUUUUUUUUUUGGGGGGGGGGGGGGGGGGGUCCUAGAUGAAUGGUUGUAAUGAUGUCAUUGUACCCUAUAUGACUCCAUAACGGUGACUCCACAACAGAGUCAUAUAGGGCUGUGUAAAUUUGCCCAUGCCCUGUUUGGAUCAGAAUUGUUUGUUGUUUCCAUUAACAUGUUACUUUUUCAAUAAUGGUGUAGUUAGUGGGAGUGGAUAAGUUAUUCCAUCUCAGGUCCUCCAAUAACUAGAGCCUUAAUCGGAACCAGUUACAGCCUACCAGUUCCUGUUCUGUUAGGACUGAUUGUUUUAGAC